AAAUCAUUAUAUAUAGUUACAGCAGUGCAAAGCAAUACCGUAAUUCGAUAGACGCAGACCAUGGACACGGUUUAAAACGUCUCAAGUCCCGAUCGACUCCAGUAGUCCCGAUAUCAGGCAGCAAACGGGAGAACUCUCCCUGCCAUAAUCUUCCAGCACUGACAAUGCCUCGGAAGCACCAGAUGACAGCAGACUCCAUCCGAAAACUUCCAGCCUCCGACCAGCCCCUCCGAUACAACCUCCCGAGCGCCAUCGACCUCGUCCCGGCCGCCGAAACAAGCAAAGCCGAGGUCUCGGGGCUGAUGCACCAUCAAUAACUCACACUGAGACGUAAGGCGAGAUAUCGGCUUUUAUUGACUGAAGAAGGAACCAGCAGUGAGUGACCAUCAUAUUACAUCCUGGAGAAUGAGGCAGAAGAUUAGACCUGAAUCGCCUUUCUACAGGGCCUGUGGGAGGAGCCACAGGAGCAGUCAGAAGGGGGUGUGUCCAGACAGGCACAUAGUUCACCACAGGGGCCUUCUCCUCCGGAGAUUCCGGACCCCGCAGCAGCAGCGAAGCGGGCAUUUCAGAAGUUUCUCCAGAUGUUCCUCCACGCUCUCACAUCUGCCUCCAUCAAAUCAGAAUUGUGCACGGUUCCCCUAUUUAACACGGAACAGAUGUCCAUCUCCAGAGAGAUGCAUCGCGUCCCCAUUUUCUCCUCCUCCUUUGAUGCUUUCCUGGUGGGGGAUGGAGGUGGACAGGGACUGGACUAACAAGGUGAAAAUAAGAUGCUCAGGGAAUUGAAAUCUCUCUCUCUCAAGAUUGGGUGCAACUCAUGUGAUUAUCUUGUUAAUAAUGAAUACAAGAUGCUAUUUACAUUUAAUAUCACUGCAGCUAAACACUUCAUUGCACCAAUACAACGGGAUUAGAAACAGGCUGGACAGGAAGUUUCACGAGUGAAAGCGAAAGCAAGUUGCAAACGUAGUGCACAAAGGAUAGAAACCAGUAACUUUCAGAAGAAAGGUACAUUCUAAUCUGAAGUGUUGUGAAAAUCAGAGGACGUUCGCAGUGAAAAUGCCGAAUCUAAAUCCUUCCCCUCAUCCACAACCUGGAGACUUGAUUGAAAUAUCCCGGAGUGGAUUUAAACAUUGGGCCAUCUACAUUGGAGGUGGGGAUGUCGUACAUUUAACUUCAGAUGGAGCAAGUGUGGCUGUGUCUAUUGGAUAUUCUAGUUCUACAGACAUUGCUGUGGUUAAGAAAGAGCCUCUUGCUAGGGUCACUGGAAAUGAUCGCUGGUGCAUCAACAACAAUUCAGACAGAAUCUGGAGACCCCUUCCCCCUGCUGAGAUCGUAAAAAGGGCAAAAUCAAAAAUUGGAAAAAAAAUUAACUACAAAGUAUUGGAAGCAAAUUGCGAGCACUUUGUUAAUUUGGUUCGUUAUGGAAAAAAUAUAUCAUAUCAGGUUAUUGUUUCUAUUGGAGGUUCCAUAGGUGGAUUUAUUGGUAGCUGUGUUUUUGGCGCAUUGGCUCUGCCAACUGCUCCUGUAGUUGCUGCUGGUGUUGUUGGUGUUGCUGCUGGGAUUUUCAUUGCUGAUCAUAUUUAUUCAAGACGGCACUGAAGGUAACUGCUGAUGCGUAAAGGAGGUGCUGGGCUGGUGUAAACAGGAACCAACAGUCCAUAAAUAAAGAAUCUAAUUAACUCCAUUGACUGAGUUGUCGU